AUGAGAUCAGUUGCUUUCUUCGUCACUUUGGCUCUCUUGGUCGCCAUCACCCUCGCCAACUCCACUCCAAACCUCAAUGGAACAUGGACCAGAUUCACAUCUAGCCAGGAUUGCUCAGGCACCACUGUCACCUUCACAAUGGCCUCCAACCAGACCUACUCUGUCGCCUCGAGCAACGGAGUCGUCUUUGCUGAGGACAUCGUCUUUGCCGCCGACAACUCAUUCGUUGGUAACGCUGUCACCACCCUCGGAAACGGAAAGGUCAUGACCUCUGCCUGCAAGGGUCUCCUCAACAACCAAUACCAACUCGAGAUGAGCGUGCUCCCAACCGUCUGGUUCGGACCAUACACCGCCUUCUACAACCUCGUCUCUUGCUAA